UCGCAUAGUCGUCAAAUUCUAGUGCUACUAUUUGCUAUUCCGCCAAAGUACAGAGUCAUCUAGAAUUGAUAAAAUGGCAGAAGGCCAGGACGAACCCAAAAAGAUCACAAUUACUGUAAAAACCCCAAAAGAAAAGCAGCAAGUAGAAAUCGAAGAAGAUGCUGAUAUUAAAAAACUCAAAGAAGUACUGUCUCCUAAAUUCAAUGCUGAACCGGAGCAGCUAUGUCUCAUCUUCGCUGGAAAAAUAAUGAAUGACUCCGACACACUUAAACAGCACAACAUUAAGGAUGGGUUGACAGUUCAUCUUGUUAUCAAGACUCCUCCUAGACCAGAGCCUGAAGGUGGAACUCGCCGUCCCCCAGCUGAUGUUGGUGCAACACCAUUUGGACUUAACUCUCUCGGAGGGCUUGCUGGACUGGAAAGUUUGGGUCUUGGUCAAAGCACUUUUAUGGAUUUACAGGCUCGCAUGCAACAAGAACUGUUGUCCAAUCCAGAAAUGUUGCGGCAAGUCUUGGAUAAUCCUUUGGUGCAACAAAUGAUGAAUGAUCCAGAAAACAUGCGUUCCCUCAUCACAUCUAAUCCACAGAUGCAAGACUUGAUGGCUAGAAACCCGGAAAUAAGCCACAUGUUAAAUAAUCCCGAACUAUUACGUCAAACAAUGGAAUUGGCACGUAACCCAGCAAUGCUGCAAGAGCUGAUGAGGUCUCACGAUAGAGCACUAUCCAACCUGGAGAGUAUACCUGGGGGUUACAAUGCAUUACAGCGUAUGUAUCGUGACAUCCAGGAACCUAUGUUGAAUGUAGCCAGCAGCAUGGCAGGAAAUCCAUUCUCUGGACUUGUCGAUAAUUCAGAUGGAACAAAUCCACAACAGGGUGCAGAGAAUAGGCAGCCAUUACCAAAUCCUUGGCAACGUGGUGGUUCCAACACUGCACCCAGUACUGGUGGUGGAACUGGUCCAGGUCUCAUCAACACUCCAGGCAUGCAGUCUCUGUUGCAGCAGAUGUCAGAAAAUCCUCGCCUCGUACAGUCAAUGCUUUCUGCUCCGUAUACAAACAGCAUGCUACAGGCACUAUCUGCUGACCCUGAAAUGGCUUCACAGCUUAUUAACCAGAACCCAAUGUUUGCAAACAACCCCCAACUUCAGGAACAGAUCCGCACUAUGAUGCCACAGAUGCUUGCUCAGCUACAAAAUCCUGAAAUGCAACAAAUGAUGUCAAAUCCACAAGCAUUGAACGCGCUACUGCAGAUACAACAGGGCAUGGAGCAACUGCGGUCAGCCGCACCCAGCCUCGUCAACAACCUCGGCUUCGGGCCCGCCGCCGCCGCCGCGCAGCCGCCCGCCGCGCCCGCCGCGCCCGCCGCGCCCGCCGCCGCCCCGCCCGGCCGCCAGGCACAGAACUCCGAGCUCUUCACACAGUUUAUGCAAAGAAUGGUAUCAGCAAUGGCCAACAAUCAGACUAACACACAGCAACCGCCGGAACAACGCUAUUCUCAGCAACUUGAACAGCUUACCGCCAUGGGUUUCCUUAACCGUGAUGCUAAUUUGCAAGCUCUUAUUGCAACAUUUGGAGAUGUAAAUGCAGCGGUGGAAAGGCUACUGGCACUUGGGCAAUUGUCUAUGAGCUAACAUUCGCGCGGGUGCCCCAUCGUAACCUGUACUCACUUGUACCCCUGUACUGCAAACUUGGAUUGAUCACGGAUUUUUAAUUCAGAUAUAUAACUAUCAACUUUUACAUGUGGUAUUAAUUUUAUACAUUCUGUCUAUAAUUUUUUUUGACUAGAUAAUUAAAAACGAUAAUACAAAUAUGUUUAUUGCGACAUGUGGUGCAAGUGUGUUAUAAAUAAAACGAUAGAAAUCGUCACGGUAUAGACUCAUUUUCAGUUAAAAAUAUAUCUAUCUAAAUGUCUAUUAUUUUUAACAAAUUGUUUCUUAAAUUAAAUAAUUUAAAUUCAUUCCUUCUUAUUUUAGGUGUAUUAGUUUGUUUCAACUUUGAAAUAAAACUAAUCUUAAAUUUUGGACUAAGAUUAUAUUAAACUUGAUUGACUUGUUUAGUAUAUUUAAACUAAUAUAUUUUUAUUAAUUAAACAUUUUUCCUGUUUCCACAAGCUAUAAAGAUACAUACAUAGUUUUAGUUCUCGUAAAGUUAGAUAAAUGAUGUAGGGUUAUGUAAAUAGUUUUGCUUUAAAAACGAGUGAUAAAGGCAGUCCUGGCAAAGCAUAUAAAAUUAAUUUGUGCUAUUAUUAUAUACAGUAUCUUUAAAUUGAAAUUUGUUAAUAUUUUUAAUUGCUAAUUCUUAAAAUGUAUAAUUUGUAUAAAAUGCAAAAGGGGUUAAAUAAAAAAGGAAUUAAGUUUUUUGAAGAAUAAACAUAUAAUUUAUUUGCACUGAAUAACUUUAAAAAUUAUUAAACAGGAUUGGCAUAAAUAAAUCGCUUUUGUGUGUCUCUUUGUUAUAUGGGUUAGGAGCAUAUUAAACUUCUCUGAGUGGGUAUUAAUUAAAUCCAUAAUGGCGUUGAUGAUUGUACAGUUAUUUUUGUAUUUUUUGUGAGGUGGUAAAGUAUUGGAAUUAAGCUUUUGCUUUUUUCUAUUUGAUGUGUAGCAAAUUGUAAUUUGUAAAACAUACAUGCUCACUUUUGUUGGGAUUUCGUUAAAUUUCCAAGAAUUAUAUAGAAUUAUAUUAAUACAAAAAUAUGUAUCAAUAAAGUUUGAAAACGCUGAA